AUGCUACAUUCAACACCAGAUUCUUCAACGGAGAGCUCUACGGAUCCUGAACCAACUAGUUCUGAACAGCCUGAAUCUACAACAGUUGAUUCCACAACUCAGGAAGGUUCAUCAACACCAAAUUCUUCGACUGAGAGCUCUACGGAUCCUGAACCAACAAGUCCGGAACAGACUGAAUCCACAGUAGUUGAUUCCACAACACCAAAUUCGUCAACUGAGAGCUCAACGAAUCCUGAACCAACUAGUUCUGAACAGCCUGAAUCUACAACAAUUGAUUCCACAACUCAGGAAGGUUCAUCAACACCAAAUUCUUCGAAAGAGAGCUCUACGGAUCCUGAACUAACUAGUUCUGAACAGCCUGAAUCUACAACAGUUGAUUCCACAACACCAGAUUCGUCAACUGAGAGCUCUACGGAUCCUGAACCAACAAGUCCGGAACAGCCUGAAUCCACAGUAAUUGAUUCCACAACACCAAAUUCGUCAACUGAGAGCUCUACGAAUCCUGAACCAACUAGUUCUGAACAGCCUGAACCUACAACAAUUGAUUCCACAACUCAGGAAGGUUCAUCAACACCAAAUUCUUCAACUGAGAGCUCUACGGAUCCUGAACCAACUAGUUCUGAAAAACCUGAAUCUACAACAGUCGAUUCCACAACUCAGGAAGGUUCCUCAACCCCAGAUUCGUCAACUGAGAAUUCUUCGGAUCCCGAAUCGACUAGUUCUGAACAUCCUGAAUCCACAACAGAGCUACCAGAAACAUCCACGGACGGUCUCACAUCUGAAAAUGACUCAAGCACGUCCGCACCGUCAAACGGAACAUCGACAGAAUUUAGCGUUCUUUCUACAGAACGUUCAAACUCAGUCAAAUUGGAAAAAUAACCGAAUUGGUAUACCUAUGUUUUUUAAAAAAAUAAACAACAUAUUUAUUGAAAUAAAAAAAAUCUUGGACUACCCUUCGAAAA